AUGGAGAACACCUCGUCCGCCACCGCCACUCAGGAACUGGCGGGCUGGUCGUCCCUCCCUGGCGACCUACUCAAAACCAUCCUGGACCUGCUGCCAUGGUCGAGCCACCCGAGGUUCGCCGCCGUGUGCAGGCACUGGCGCUCCGUCGUGGCCCCGUUCUACCCCGCCUGGCUAACCCCGGUCCUCCUCAACGCCGCCGCCGACAUCGGCUCCGCCAACCUUCGGUACUACAGCCCUUACCACCACAAAAUCUUCGAGGAGGCCAGCUUCAACUUGCAAACUCCCAACGCCAAGAUCUGCAGCGCCAGUGGCCGGCACCUCACGGUGUGCCAGCGUGCGGAUCAGGAAAUUACGGUGGCCCACAUCGAUCUUGUGACUGGCGUCAUCUGUGACCUCUUCCCGCUCCAUAGAACCCACUUUGACUUUGUCAUCUAUGAUGGUGAGCGUAGAAGAAUGUAUGGCGUCAACAAUGCGUUCCCCAUUUCUCAGGUCGCCCGUGCUAUCCAGGACGCCGACAGUGGCGGGUGGUACCCAUGGAAGUUCUCAGAGUUUAGAGUCGACAAGCCAACGCUCGACGCGUCGCCGAUGACGAACCUGGUCCGCCACCGUGGCUUGCUCUACAUGUUGGGUGUCGACGGGAGGUUGGCAGUGUAUGAUGACAACCGACACGAGGAAGGACUUCGGCUUCUUGACAAACCCCAAGGGUUUGGUGGUUUCGACGACGAUUUUUUCUCCUAUCUUUUCGAGUCCGACGAAGGUGAGCUGAUGGCGGUGCUCAUGGGCUGCUGCCGUGGGACUCCGGUGCACGUCCUCAAGCUCAACGAGCAGGAGAUGCAGAGCAGGUGGACGGCGGCCUAA